AUGGUCACAGGGGCUUUUGAUGCUUCUGCCGCGGUCUUCCUCAUCUACCGCAUGGUCUUCGAGGCAACUGUCGGCCGCCUCACGCUCCAAAAAUUCUUCUUCGGUUAUACUGCUGUGCCCGCUUUCAUCGCCAUCGCCGAGUUUGCUUAUAUGCCGCGCGUCUCCUAUCACACCAUCAACGAGCUGGAACGGAAGAUUGGCAGAGCCCAAGAUGACAGCGGAGACAUUCACGGAUCUGAUCAAGACAUAUCCAACACGGAGGAAUUAGCAAGAAUACAUGGCGCUCGCGCGGAUCAGCGGAUGGUCAAGUUGAGCCAGCUCGAGAACAUUGCUGGCGACGACGAACAACGCGAACAACGGCGACGUACGAAGGAGACCCGACAGGCGGCAAGUGGCGUGUGGGGUGUCUUACACGGUACUCCUGCCCGCAGGCAGAUACUCAGCCCCUGGUUUCUGCUCAUGCUACUGCUGACCGCUUUUCAGAUGUUGAGAAUGAACGUUUUCAUCGCCACCAUACGUGCACAAUACCGAUACAUGCUGCGCUCCGAGCUCCUUGCUGCGGGCAUAAAUCGCUUUUUUGACGUCGCAUUACCAGUUGGAGGCGUAGUAUCAACGCCAGUCAUCGGCCUAUUGCUCAACAACCUCAGCGUAUCCAUGGUAUUUGCCUGUAUCACUAUCUUCAUCGUCGCCAUUGGUGUUCUCAACUGUAUGCCACUUGUCUGGGCAGGGUACGCCACCGUCGUUGUUUUCGUCGUAUUCCGGCCGCUUUACUAUUCCGCUAUUUCCGACUAUAUAACUAAAGUUUUUGGCUUUGAUACCUUCGGACGUAUCUACGGAACGGUCGUGUGCUUUUCAGGCAUAACAAACCUCGCCCAACCCGCCCUUGACGCGCUUACGCAUGAGGUCUUUGUGGGGAAUCCGAUUCCCGUCAACAUCGCACUUGCAGCAGGAGGGGUAGUCCUUGGUACAGCUUUGACCAUCUUUGUUGCAGUCAUGGGCCGGAAGUUUGCGGAUGAAGAAGAAUCCUGGUCUGGUGGUUCCGACGAGCAGGAGCGGCUUCUGCCUGGCAACCAAGCUAUUGGGUACAGAAUCCUUGAUCACUUGGCCAAGCUUCUUGGCUUCUAUGAGGUUGCUGCCAAGAUUUUAGAGGGCGACGGUCAGCAGCGCAAGCGGAAGAGAGGGUGGGUAGGGUCAUAUGGAAAUGUUUGGGAGGCUGUCCAAGGAUUCGAGUUCCGUUUGGAGGUCCUCGAGGACUACAAACAACUAGCAUCCGAAAUACCCGGUCCAGAGCACUUCAACCUCGGUUGGGAGAAAUUCAACAAGUACUACAGCCGACUGGACGAAUACCGAUCUACUAUGCGGCCUUGA